GUUUCCAUGGGAUGAAUGAGAAAAGCGCCAGGCUAACCAGAACGAAGCAUUCAGUGUUGGUGGAAUUUUUUUUUCUUUAUUGGAGCUGUUCAAAGCAACAAAAAUCAGGCAGUAUUCGAAAAUACUGAAGAAGUGGGGAAACCCCUGUGACUCUGAACGCAUACGAAGACGAAGUUGAGUUAACUAUGUUGAUUGGAGUUGAUCUCGAGAAAGAAAGACGUUCCAAAGCUGAAUAUCAGCUGGCUUGUAUGAGUGGUAUUUUCUGUCAUCAUUGCCACAAGGUGGGUCACAUGAAAGUACGCUGUGUUCAAUUAAGAAACAAGAACCCUGUAUCCGAAAAGACAACUGAGCCUUUUUUCACACAUUCAAUGUUCAUCUAUGGAAGUAACACACAUGUAGUAAAUGACAUGUCGUUCUUUCAGACACCUAAAGAAGAACUCAUUUUCUUUGAAACGGUGAUUACAAACUUGAGCACAAGUUUCAACAUUAUCUGCAUGUCUAAUCGAGGCUCUGGCACCUGCAAUUCCCGGUGGGAAUGAGAAUCGCUCUUGAAAGCGCAUAUAAUCGCACACGGCCAGGGAACCUCCCUGAGUUCCAUUCUACAACCGGAGAACACGCGGUAGUACACCGUCACAA